CACUCAAGGGCUACGCCUUGUGGCAGGAUUCAUGGGCCAACAGGAUCGACUGUGUCCUUGGUGACCUGUCCAAGCCCCGUCUCGGUCUGGACGACGCUAGCUGGAAGCAAGUUGCCGAGACUGCGAACGUCAUUGUUCACAACGCGGCGUACGUGCAUUGGAUUGCGCGCUACGAGCAGAUGAUGCGCAGCAACGUCUUGUCUACCAUUGACGCGAUGAAGCUUUGCAAUGAGGGCAAGCCCAAGAUUUUGUCCUUUGUGUCUUCGACCUCGACGCUGGACACCGAGCACUACGUCAACCUUUCUGACAAGGAGACGGCCACCGGUCGUGGAGCCGUCCUCGAGGAAGACGACUUGCAAGGCAGCCGCCUUGGCCUUGGUACUGGUUAUGGCCAGACCAAAUGGGUCUCGGAACAGCUCGUUCGCGAAGCUGGUAAGCGCGGCCUGCGCGGCGCCGUCAUCCGCCCCGGAUACAUCCUCGGCAGCCGCCACGGUGGUGUCUCCAACACGGAUGACUUCCUCAUCAGACUGUGCAAGGGCUGUGUCCAGCUCAAGGCCCGCCCGCGCAUCGUCAACUCGGUCAACGCUGUCCCCGUAGACCAUGUCGCCCAUGUCGUCAUCGCCGCGGCACUCAACCCCCUUCCCGGCGUCAACGUCGUGCACGUGACGGCGCAUCCCCGCCUCCGCAUGAACGAGUUCCUCUCGACUCUGAGCUACUACGGCUACGACGUCCCCGAGGUCGACUACGAGGAGUGGAAGACGCAGCUGGAGGAGUUUGUGUCUGCCGGCGCCGUCGAGAAGGAUCAGGAGCAGAGCGCGCUGAUGCCGCUGUUCCACAUGGCUACGUCUGACCUGCCGUCCACGACGCGCGCUCCCGAGCUCGACGACAGGAAUGCUGUUGCCGUGCUCAAGGCUGAUGCCGAGCGCUGGACUGGGGUUGAUGAUAGUGCGGGUGAGGGUAUUACCCGCGAGGAUAUCGGAAGAUACCUGCGUUUCCUGGCCGAGACCAAGUUCAUGCCGUUGCCUACGGGUCGUGGACGUGAGCUGCCGCCGAUCCCAGCGGGAGUUGCGGAGGCUCAGGCACAGUUUGGUGUCGGCGGUCGCGGUGGCGCGGCAUAA